AGACGGAGGAUGAGUUGUGAGGGGAGAGGGUGGAGGUCGGUUGCGUACCGUGCUUACUUACUGCACACACAGUGGGGAUUAGAUGGAAUGGCCGCAGUUGGCUAUCGGAGACCUACGCUACACUGCACUACGCUACGGCAACCUCCUCAUCGAACACUCUCCAAAGCUCUAAACAGCGAUAGCACAUAAUAUCGUGUUGCGCCACAUCAUCAUCGCACGUGGUAUCCCAACCAUGUCUGAUCGCCCUCCCGCGGUACUCCCCUCGCGCCGACCCGAAUGGAAUGACGCAUGCCUGACGCUCCCUGGGACGGCCAUCCACACUCCGGUCCAACCCAUUCUCGUCCACCGAAUCUUCGCAUCGUCGGGCUUCUCACGCACGACGAUCAUCGGCGUCUAAAUGUCUCCAUCUCCUCUACGGUAGUCUCUCCAUCUCUUCUGCAAGUCCCUAGAUCGCCUACCUACCCAGAGUUCCCAUCCAUCAAAUCUCGCCCCGCCCAUAAGGCUGGAGCCCGCGGCUGAGGGUUGAAUCGGCUGGUACGGAUAUCCAAAGUUCAGGGAAAUCUACUCAGGCACGAGGCGGUCAUUGGUAGGGAGAUGGGGGGAUGGUGCGGGUCAGUACGGACCCUAAACCGCUUCU